AUUUGAGAAUAGCAACAACGUGACAUAGAUGCGAAGACAAAUCUAAACCUGGAUAAACGGACGCACAUAAGACUAAAUGAAUGAACAGAGCUCUACUUUGCAGAGUUACAGACUUGCCAAUGUGCAUUACAGUAUAAAGAAUAAACGACUAACCAAAUGGGGCACUGUGGAAGACGAUCAAGAAAGAAGAGAAAGAAAAGGACUACUGACAGUCAAACCCUUUGUCACGAAUCCCAAUUUGUGGACCUGAGGAGGUGGCUGAGAGACAGAGGGUUCAGAUCUAAACUCCUCACUCCAGCUCACUUCAGAGAUACUGGAAGGGGACUAAUGGCCACUUCUCCCAUCAAGGCCAAUGACAUGCUGAUUUCCUUACCCGAGCAAUGCCUUCUGACCACCAGCACUGUUCUUAGGAGCUACUUGGGAGAACACAUAAAGAGGUGGAAACCUCCAGUGUCUCCUCUCCUCGCCCUCUGCACCUUCCUGAUUGCUGAACGGCAUGCAGGGAGUUUAUCCGAGUGGAAGCCCUACAUCGAUGUUCUACCUCAGACCUACACGUGCCCUGCGUACUUCACGGACAAGGUCAUGGGCUUGUUACCUGCAGGACUGAAAGCCAAAGGCCUGGACCAGAGGGAGAGAGUCCGUGAGCUCCACUCCUCAGCUGCAGCCUUCUUUGCCUCUCUGCAGCCUCUUCUUCGGGAGCCGGUAGGGGCCGUGUUUUCCCACAAUGCACUGCAGUGGGCGUGGUGCAGCGUUAACACCCGGACGGUGUACAUGACGCACCCCCAGAGCCCUCAUCUGUCCAUGGAGAAGAAUAAUUACGCACUGGCACCAUACUUGGAUCUGCUCAACCACUCGCCACAAGUACAGGUGACUGCUGGGUUUAACCGAGACAGCAGGUGCUAUGAGAUCCGCAGCUGUGAGGGAUGCAGGAGGUUCCAGCAGGCCUUCAUCUGUUACGGGCCCCAUGACAACCAGCGACUUCUUCUCGACUACGGCUUCGUCGCCUCAGGAAACCCGCACUCUGUGGUCUACGUUGACCUCGGUACACUGAAGCUGUGCCUGGAUGAGAAAGACAAACAGCUGAAACAGAAACUUCUUUUUCUGAAGGAGCAUGACUUUCUCAAGAACUUGACUUUUGGACUGGAUGGUCCCUCCUGGAGAUUGAUGACGGCCCUCAGAUUUCUGUCUCUCAAGCCAGAGAACUAUGCAAGUUGGAAAAGUGUCCUCUUGGGGGCAGCAGUGAGCAAGGAUCGAGAGGCGAGCGCCAUCCAAGCAGCUCUCCAGCUCUGCCAGGUCCUUUUGGAGGAGAGCAGCCUAGCUUUGAAGAGGCUCUCCCAGCUCAAAGAAGGUGCUGACUCCUCUGUGACGGAGCAGUUGUCCAUGGUGGAAUUCCUGCGACGCGAGGAGCAGGACAUUCUGGGGCAUUCACGGGAACUCUUGCGGUCUCAGUGGCAACAGUUGUCAUGCCAACCAAGCCCAGAACAAAGCCAGGCAGACUGAAAAGGGGUGACAAGUCGGCCACUAACCAUGUCCCCGCAUGCUGUUGCAAAGCCCAAGCCCGGUCUCGUUGCCAAGCCAUUAGAAAAGAGCCGGUCGGAGUGAAAAGAGGGCAUGAAUAUGGUUGCUUUGGCACAGCAGGGCUUUUCCAACUCAACAGUGCUCGGGAAGCCUUAAGACAUGCGGGGGGAAGCCAAGGCUCUUUUUCUCUGAGGCGGAGAAAGGCCUGCUUUGCUAAUGACCUCCAGCCGUGCAAGCUUGGCAGGCUAGGAGUGUGUGUGUGUGUGUGUGUGUGUGUGUGUGUGCGCGUGCGCGCGCCUGUGAGCUGAAAUUA